CGGGGGACCGGGAAGUGAAGGGACGCGCGUGGCCGGCGUCGGGGGCGGGGCUUCUUCCUCUGCUGGGUCUCCUCAGCCGCCGGGAUGCUGCUGGCCGUGUGGGGCUUCCUGAGGCGGCACAAGAAGAAAUGCUUCUUCCUGGGCGCCUUCCUGGGCGGAGUUUAUGUGCUUGGAAAAUAUGGGCAGAAAAAAAUGAAAGAAAUUCAAGAAAGAGAAGCGGCAGAAUAUAUCGCACAAGCACGAAGGCAGUAUCAUUUUGAAAGUAACCAGAGAACUUGCAACAUUACAGUACUAUCUAUGCUUCCAACAUUAAGGGAUGCUUUAAUGUAUCAGUUGAACACUGAGAGUCUCACUUCUCUACUGAAAAACAAACCAGCCAACAAGUUAGAAAUAUGGGGAGACCUGAAAAUUAUAAGUUUUACAAGAAGUAUUGUAGCAGUAUAUAGCACAUGCAUGCUUGUAGUUCUACUACGAGUCCAGUUAAACAUUAUUGGUGGAUACAUCUACCUGGAUAAUGCAGCAGUUUGCAAAAAUGAAACAACCCUUCUCGCUCCCCCUGACGUCCAACAACAAUAUUUAUCAAGUAUUCAACACCUCCUCGGAGAUGGUUUGAUUGAAUUAAUUACUGUGGUUAAAAAAGCUGUGCAAAAAGUAUUUAUGAGUGUUUCACUUAAACAUGCACUUUCUCUCUUGGAUUUGGAUGAGAAGCUUAGAGAAAUAAGGAGGGCAGUAGAAGAGCCUGAAGAUAAUUUCACAUCUGAAGAAACUGGAUCCCAUUCUCUGCUCUGUCAUUACAUGAUGCCAGAUGAGGAGAAUCCUUUAGCUUCCCAGGCCAAUGGACUUACAGAAAAAGAUAUUACUACUAUUAAGUUACUUAAUGAAACAAGAGAUAUGUUGGAAAGUCCAGAUUUCAAUAGAGUUUUGACUUCGUGCCUAAAUAGAGGAUUCAGUAGAUUACUGGACAACAUGGCAGAAUUCUUCAAACCUACUGAACAAGAUAUUUGUCAUACUGCUUCCAUGAACAGUCUUUCUAGUGUCAGUCUUCCUUUAGCCAAGAUAAUUCCUAUAAUAAAUGGACAGAUCCAUUUAAUCUGCAGUGAAACUCCUAGUCACUUUGUGCAGGACCUGUUAAUGAUGGAGCAAGUGAAAAAUUUUGCUGCUAAUGUGUAUGAAGCUUUCAGUACUCCUCAGCAAUUACAAAAAUGAGGCACGGGGCAAGAUGUAUGUGAUACAAAUAGUAGUGCUUAAUCACUGUGAAUACUUUAUUUAAAAAAUCUCUUUAUCAAAAAAAUGUAGGAUUAUUAGGCCAACAAAAACAUUCUAAAGAAAUGCAAAUUCUACAUUGUAUAUUGAUAAAAAUUACAACUGACAGGUAAAAUUUUAUUGGAAAAAAUAAUUUCAAUGCCUUUAUAUGGAGGUACUCUUGGCUAUUGAACAACUUGCUGGAUAUAUAUCUUUAAAAAACAAGACAACAAAGUCAGGCUUCUAUUCUUCAAUAGAGAGGGUGGGUGAGGAAGAAAAGAGGUGAUGUUUUGCUAGUAUUUCCCUGAUAUAAGAACUGCAUGGCCUAUGAAACAAUCUUCCAUUAAAAAAUCAGCAGUAACAGAACACAGCAGGAUUUGCAUUGGAUGAAACAGUAUUCAAGCAAAAGAGCUUGGAACCAUUGGCAGGAGCAACAUUUAAGUUUACUUUCGUAAUAAACAUCAGUUGUUCAACACAUAAUUUGGCCUGUAUGUUCUUUCUACAGCUACUCAAGCUGUGAAAAAUCAAAUGCUCAUUUUCUAUUAUAUUAAAAGAAAGCGAGCAGUUUGCAGUCAGUUCUUUUGGUCACCUACUAUCUCACCUCCUUCAGUUCUCCUGGCCAACUGAAUAUAGAAAGUGUUUUUGAGGAACAUACUGCUUUCUAUGCUUUAAACUCUCUAGAUUGGAGCCUCUAGAGCUGAACACAUAAACUAAAGACCUGUUUGACUAGUGCAAUGCUCAAUAAUGUUCUUCUGUUGCAGAAUUGGGCGAAUGUUUCUAGAAAAUAUGUCUAUGCUGUUUACAAACAGCUACUGCUGUACACAUUCAUUUUUGUAAAUAUUUUUAACUUGUAUUGAUUGGAACCCAAUUAAACAUUUAAAUAAAAAUAAACUAUUUUUAAAA